GUGGCAAAUAAAAACGACGCAAUCGGGGGUAGGGGGGUGAUGUUCCUCCAGGCCAAUCUCCACCACGCCAUAGCGGCCACAGCGGUCAUAGAAAAACUUUUUGGCGAAAAUGGCCUGGACAUCGCCCUCAUACAAGAACCAUGGAUCAACACCAAGUCCAUGGCAUCAGGACUGAACAGAGCAGGAAAGAACUAUGCAGUGAAGAUCAAGUAGCUGCCUACGUCGAUCUCAAAGGGAGAGGAGCACUCAAGGUAAUAGUCUGCUCCGCCUACCUGCCCGGAGAGAAGCAAGACCCCACAGAAGAACUGACUAAAGUGCUAGAGUACGCUCAGGCACAAAAGGCGGAACUUAUUGUGGGAUGUGACGCCAACGCCCACCACACCAUCUGGGGGAGCACUGGAAUCAACAAAAGGGGUGAGUUACUAUCCCAAUUCAUCUCAAUUGUCUGCACUUGUUGAAUAAGGGCAACACGCCCACCUUCGUAACUAGAGCUAGGCAAGAAGUAUUAGAUAUAACCUUCGCUACUGAAAAGGCGGCAAACUGCCUAGCCGACUGGCGGGUCAGUAGCGAAAACUCAAUGUCGGACCACAGACAUAUUUUGUUCAGUGUUAAAGGCUCUCUAGGUAGGGAACCACUCACACGCAGGAAUCCAAAAGAAACGUCAUGGGAAGCCUAUAAGGCAGACCUCGAAAACCGUCUAAAGGAUGUCCCAAAAUAUGUAAAAACACAAGACUCUCUCAACAUGGCAGUUAACUUAUUAUCUGAAGGCAUACGUAGGGCCUACGAACAAGCCUGCCCGCUGAAAGAGGCAAAAACUACUAACACAACGACGUGGUGGAACAAAAAGUUAGAAAACCUUCGCAGGUCCACACGUCGCAUAUUCAAUCACUCGACCACGCCGAAUGGGUGGGAAAGGUAUGGUAAAGCGUUGACUGAAUAUAAUAAACAAAUCAGGAAAGCAAAAAGAAGGUCAUGGAGAAGGUUCUGUGAAGAGAUUGCCCAAACUCAUAAAGGUGCGAGAAUUCACAAAAUACUCUCCAAGACACCAACCAACUAUCUUGGUCUCCUCAAAAGGCCAGAUGGCACAUUUACGAACACAGAAGAGGAAACUCUGGACUUGCUCAGAGGCACCCACUUCCCCGGUUCGUACUCAACCAGUAAUACACAACUUUGCGCCCAAAGGAACCCUCGAAUCCACAGGGUACGCAAUAUCGACUGGAAUUUGGCAACUAACAUCUUUAGACCAAACAAAAUUAAAUGGGCAUUGGGAAAAUUUAAACCAUUUAAAUCAGCGGGAGAAGAUGGAGUGUUUCCGGCGCUUUUACAGCAGGGACACGACCUCCUCCUCCCACAUCUGGC